AUGGAGAAUCACGCGACCUCUUUCCAAAACAGAGAUUGUAGAGGUAUGAAACAACCCGAAGUGCUCAGUGGAAACAAUAAAACUCCAGACAAAAGAAUACCAUCAAAUGCAUCAUCAUCGUCAUCAGAUAUGGAGGUUCAAUUGUCAGACGUGGAUGUAUAUCAAAUGUACGCCAAUUCCAACUCUUCUGAAUUUUCUGAAAUGCAGAGUUCUUCAUCUGAAGCUGAAAAGUCUAAGGAUGGUAUUUAUGAUGACAAGAACAACUGCAUCCCACUGAUAAAUGGAUCCAUUGUAUUGUCACUUAUGGAAGCGAAAAUGUGGCACAAGUUUUUGGAGUUGGGGACAGAAAUGAUCAUCAACCGAUCUGGAAGGAGAAUGUUUCCCUACGUGGAAUUUUUCCUUAAAGGUGUAGAUCCAGCUGGGUUGUACGACGUCAUGUUUGAUAUCAUACCCGCCAGUAGCAAAAGCUUUAAGUUUCUCAACAACAAGUGGAUACCGAUAGGAAAGAAGGACGAAGAAUUUAGAAAUCAUCCAUUCAAACACCCGGAUUCUCCACGUAUUGGAUCAGAUUGGAUGAGUCGGAAAAUUUCCUUUGAGAAAAUUAAAUUGUCAAAUAAACCUGAUACAAAGGAUGGAAUAUUUACGCUGCACACAUUUCAGAAGUACUUCGUCUGCAUAUAUAUCGUCAAACAUGAAGAAGAUGACAAGCUCUCAGUCAUGGACUUCCCCAUCCGGGCCACGACCUUCAUUGCUGUGACAGCAUACAACAACAGAAAGGUUACCAAACUCAAGAUUAACAGCAAUCCCUAUUCCAAGGGAUUCCGAUUUCCGGUGAAAAGAGGUCCGCUAGAUUUAUCUAUCAAGAAAGACAGCAGGAAAACAAAAGGCGAAUAUGAAAAGGACAAAGAAGCACAGACGGACAUUACAAUAGGAGACGCUAAAACGUGGUUUUCCUUUCUUGGAUAUCCACUUGCGGAUAAGUCCGCUGAUAUGGCUCUGUCAUUCUUCCAUAUGUUCCCUUACCUCACAAGAAAAAUGCGUGAACAAGACGUAUGCAGUGAUGGACAGAGAAUGGGUUUUCCAGAGAGAUACCCGGAAUUUAAAUCAUCGAAUCAGCAUUCAAACGCAACUGCAAAAGCAGUUAACAAAGAAAACAACUUACAGAGCACAGAACGUGAACGUGAGAUGAGAAAGGAGCGUCUGAAGGAGUACAAUACCAGAAUAGAAAUGUGGAAACGGGACAAAGAAGACAUUUAUCCUGACAAUCCCAAACAGAUGAAGAACUCAUGGUGAAGAAAUUUCAUCACUUUUCCUCUCGUAAAAUAAGAUUUGGAGUAUCCAGAAAUCAAUUUGUGUGUCUAGAUGUUUGAAUGUUUGAAUAUGUGUAUAUAUGUCUGUCCAUUUUGUAACCCACGAGUUAAUACUUGGUCUAGUAUUAAUAAGGUACUUUAUUGCAAUAGUGGUAGGAUUAUUUUUCACAGUUAAUUCAUUUACUUAAUUAUAUCUAUAUAUGGCAAACCUUUGGUCACAUAUAGACUAUCAGUUUAUUCAUGUGCUAAAUUCAGGCACAAAUACUUGACAUGAUAUCAUCAAACAUAUACAACUAAACGUUUGGCGUCAAUGGACCACAUAUUACAUAAAACCUACAUAUUGUACUUACAUGCAACACUCAAUCGAAAUUGAUAGGCUGAUCCGAGUGGGCUAAGAAUAAACAUAUCAUAUGCGCGUGUCUGAUCCCAGGAGCGAAAGCACAGAACAUUGUCUGCGUUGCAUCUAGCAGCCAUAAAAAUUAUAAUCUUGA